CCUUUUACUGGUUCAGGCUUGGAACUCCGGGAGUGGUGCCGACCAUGGAGGGACCACGUCAAUCCCCCCUGAGCCAUUUCCUGUCUUAGCCCUCCCAUCUAAUACCAAACAGACCUCUCCUUCUGAAUGGGUUCCCCUUACAGCCUCGCCAGCAGGCAUAUGGGAACUCUUUCCAUAUUCACCAAAAAGCAGCAGCAUCAGAGGGAAGAUCAGCAUGGAGUACAUCCUCUGUAUAUGAUGACAGAUACAAGGGAUCUUGGGAGAUGUCUUCUUCGGGCGUGUUUUUAAUAAGCAGCUUUGAAGAGCCAGGAAUCCUCCAGUAUACUAAUGGGUGUUGGAGCACAAGUCUUCGUAACUCCCACAUCGCUCUCACUGGAGCUGAAAUUUCGGUGUCAGUUGAGCCAAAGGACUGCGCCAGUCAAAGGCUAGAGGGGCAGAUCCAGACAGUCUGUAAGGCCAAGUUCAUCGAAAGCUGCCAAUGAGGGCCAACACACUCUGAAGGGUCAUUUUUGAAUGGUGUGAAAACAGGAUGGAUGUAAAACGGAAAGAGAUGGACCUUUUAAGUAACACCAUUGCUGCUUAUGCUCAUAUAAAAGCUAACCCAGAGAGCUUUGGCCUCUAUUUUGUCAUUGGUGUGUGCUUUGGUCUGGUGCUCACAUUAUGCCUGCUGGUCAUCCGGAUCUCAUGUAAGCCCCGGACCAAGACUGCACCCUCCACUCCAGAGAAGAAACAACUGAAAGACUUCAGUGAGGAUGAGGAGGAUGAAGACAGUGAAGAGGAAGAGGAGGAUGAGGAAGAUGCUGGUGAUGUGGAGGCUCCUAUCCCUCCCAGCACCACAGAAAUCACCAUGAGUAACCUCCACAGCACGUCAGACGGGAAUGUAAAUGUGUUCACUUCAGCAGAGGAACUUGAACGAGCACAGAGGCUGGAGGAGAGGGAAAGGAUCAUCAGGGAGAUCUGGAGAAAUGGACAACCAGACAUACUGGGCACAGGGACUGGCACCAUAGGAAGAGUGCAUUACUAUUAGCCCUCAGUAUUAUUGGAUGUGGUCUAUAGCCAUACCUACUUGGCUUAGCACAAGACAAUGUCAAAAAAAACCUUUUGCGGAAGGUGCACUUUCAAUAUCAAGCAACCUCUUUGGAAGGAGCACUUUUUUGUUCUUUAAACUUGGACCAAUGUAACUCCAGUGCUUUAGUCCACAAGUACAACUGUAGCAUGCAAACUGCACAGGAGCAUGAUUUGGUGCUAAAUGUUACAUUGAGAACUGCACAGAUGUUGAGGGUGGUAGUGGAAAUUAAUGCUGUUUUUGUUGCCAUAAUGAAAAGCACAGAGUCACACUCCCCCCUCAGGUUCAUUCAGGCUAGUCUUGCGGUGCCAGACGUGAUCUAGUAAUAAGAACUUCUGUGGACCACCACAACAAUUAGAUUGGGAACAAACUAAGUGUGAAAUUUCUUAACCAAUCUAACUGAAGGCCAAGCUCAAAGUUGGGGUAAUGAUGCACUCAUCAAAAUUGUCAGAUAGAAAACAGACCUGUCACUAGCACAUGGAUGUAAUGUUAGUUAGCAUGGCUGAAAAAUCUGCCCAACAAUUUGCAUGUAGAUAUGUGUUGUGUGUCCGGAGAACACAUUACAUGCAGUAAGAAUAAGCAUUAUGAUCUUGCAAGGGAAAGACAGUUUAAUUAAAACAGACUAUACUUUAGCUUUAAACAAUAUUACUAGUCUAGUGCUAAAAGUUGGGCUACCAGUACCCACAGUUCACACAAAACUAAAUUGAGGCAUGUUCCUCAAAUAUUUGUUUUGAAGAAUGAAUGUUAGCUAAUGAUAGCAUUUCUCUAGCUAGCUUGUUUUGCUUGUGUUAUGGAUCAUACUCUAAAUAUCAUGAAUGGACUAGAGGGCAGGUUUUAGAGGGGCUGUACUCUUAUUUGCAAUGGAAUUCACUGCAACUCAACACCAGAAAUCUAAGACGUGUAUGCUUGUUUCGAGAUCAUGUCUGGCCUCAUAGACUACAUUCAGGCUUGAGGAUGGAGGCUUGACUGUAUUGUACAAAGAUGUUGUUUGUAAUUUCUAGAUGAUUCCAAGACUGUGCUCAGUCAUUUGCACUUUUCCACUAUUCCAUCUAAAUCUUUUUUAAAUGCUCAAAUUGUAUCUGCAAUUUUUCUCUUUGCGUGAAAGUGCUAUAUUACAAGUCAUAUGAAGAAGUAUAUGAAUCAUUUCUUUUAUAUUCAAUCUACUUCACACCACCGAGUCACUAACAUUUUUUGUUUUUAAGUAAACCUUUUACAUAGGCCAAAAUCAAGCACUGCUUCUUUCAUUAGAAAUAGACCAAUAAACACUCUUAACACUCUUAAAAGUUAUACUAAUGAGAGUGUUAAAAAGACUCUCAACAGUACAGUGCAGUAAAAACAAGCCUGAAGACCUUCUGAACUCUCCCAAAACAAGCAGGAACUGAGAAUGGCUGCAUCACAGACCUGACACAGUAUCACCAUGGAAGGUGUAGAGAGUCUGAAGAUGUCUGUGGGUCUAUGAAUUUUCAACAAAGUACAAAUUAUGAAAUUUUAUUUUUAAUCAGGUUCAUUUGUCCAAAGGACUACAGAAGGGCUAAGAUUCCUGUAAGGUUCAUCCAACAUAGAUGUGAAUACCAAAUUACAGAUCCUAUUAGACAUUAUUUAAUGUCAAAUAUCACUGUUGUAGGAGCAACACCUUCUAUGUCCAAAAUGAUAACUUUACAGUAGAAGGAAAAAACAGACCUUUUCCAAACCAUUUUGGUCAUUUUUUUGUCCAUUCAUCAUUAAAUUUACACACAAUGUGUAACAAGACUGAAAGAGGUCAUAUCCAAAAGAGGCCAAAUACAAAGGUAACAACACAUAACAAAAAUCAGAUCAGACAGACACAAUCCAAACAGAGAGCAAGCAAAAUAGCCAAAGUCAAAAAUAGAGAAGAUGAGUCAGAACCAGAACACAACCAAAACCCGGAAAGGAGCACUAGCUCUACAAGAGAAGCAACGCCCCCACAGUGACCCAAGCCAAAGCUCAGACUUUCAUACUAACUAAAAUAAAUAACGUGAAAAAGGAAACAGGUGAGGGAAAUCAGUAGUGAGUCAUGUGUUCUCCCAGAGGGUUCUGGGAAUUGAAGUCCACCAGAAAGUCAGGGCCAGAGGGAUUUCUUACACAAUAUAAAAGGCAACAGGCUCUUUCAACUUCAAAAGCUGAAAAAUGACAAACAAGGUGAUAUGAGGUUUUGCUCCAACAGCACUGAUAUGCUGCCGUACAGAACCGAACCAGCAAAAACUGCCAAUGUGCAACAAUUCACUGAGGAACAAUUCAUUAGUAAGAACAGGGAUGAAAAUGACCAUUUUGAUGUUAUGUUUAAUCUUCUUCUUAUAAGACUGUCUCUUGCCAGAGUGCUACUGUAUCUUGUUGCUCUGUUGGAAUAACCUUUUUCAUAUUUUCUAAAUGACUGUAUUUUAAUAUGACUGCAAAUUAGAACAUUUGUUUGGUUUUCAGGUCUUUGUUGCUUGCUUUCUAACUUCACUAUUAGACCACUUGACUUCAUGGAAUAUGUAAAUCAAUGUAGUUCAUUUAGUCACUGUACUGUUGUAAGACUAUCAAUAUACAGAUAAGCCAGGUAACUGAAAUAUGCUAAUGACUCUCCUUUUUUUAGCAGGAGACUUUGGACACAUUUACAACUGCAAUGAAUGACUCAGCUUUUGCUUUUAUGACUGGGUAUGUCUUUCAUCAAUGUCUAAUGUCUUUUGUUAAACUUUUGCAGUCCUUGUUAAAAUAUGAUUUUGGUGAAGUUGAAGAAAAUAAAUUUCAGAGUUAUUUGCAGAGCUCUGGGGGAGAAAUUGCCUGUGUCCACUGGAAAAAAUGUGACCUUUUGAAGCAAAUAGAGGCAUCAUUAGCAUCGAUUGUAUGUGUAGUGCAAUUAAAAGGCAAUGUGUAUUUGUUUAAA